UUCCAAUCCCCUCCAUAUCAUGUGAUUCAGGUGUUCCAAUCCCCUCCCAAUCAUGUGAUUCAGGUGUUCCAAUCCCCUCCAUGGACACAGGUGUAUACAAUCAAGCCCCUAGGCAUGCAGACGGCUUCUACAAACAUUGGUGAAAGAAUGGGUCGCUCUCAGGAGAUCAGUGACUCCAAGCGUGGUCCCGUGAUAGGUGGCCACCUGGGCAAUAAGUCCAUCCGUGACAUUUCCUGGCUACUAAAUAUUCCACGCUCAACUGUUAGUGGGAUUAUAACAAAGUGGAAGCAACUGGGAACAACAGCCACUCAGCCA